CACAGGAAGAAACAUUGAGAAAGGAAAGAGUAAUGAAAACACAUAAACGAUAAAUAAGGCAUAAACAAAACAAGGGACAGCGAAAGGGAGGGAGGGAGCGAGCAACACAUAAAGACUGAUAGCGUCAGAGAGACUAGAACGAAGAGGUAGAGAGAACGAGGAAGCGGAGUGUGCUUGAUGCUUCAGAUUUAAGGAGAAAGGAGAGAGAGUGAGUGAGUGAGUGAGUGAGAGAGAGGGUGGGAAGGAGGGAGAGAGAGAAAGCAGCCGGCCAAGUGAAGAAAGAUGGCUACAGUCACGGCGAACGGAGUGCAGCAAGAGAAUGGAUUCAGCACCACGAACAGCGCCGGCAGGAUGAACGGACUCACUCUCGGACAGAACACCAUUCCCAUGAAAGACCACGACGCCAUCAAGCUGUUUAUCGGACAGAUACCUAGAAAUCUGGAGGAGAAGGACCUGAAACCCUUGUUUGAGGAAUUCGGGAAGAUAUACGAACUCACAGUGCUAAAAGACAGGUUUACGGGAAUGCAUAAAGGAUGUGCCUUUCUAACAUACUGUGCCAGAGAGUCAGCACUGAAGGCCCAGAGUGCCCUGCACGAACAGAAGACACUGCCGGGGAUGAAUCGGCCAAUCCAGGUGAAGCCAGCUGACAGUGAAGGGCGAGGAGAAGACAGGAAGCUGUUUGUGGGGAUGCUGGGAAAGCAGCAGAGCGAGGAGGACGUGCGGCGGCUGUUCGAGACCUUCGGCCAGAUCGAGGAGUGCACCAUCCUGAGAGGGCCUGAUGGGGCCAGUAAGGGAUGUGCUUUUGUCAAGUUCUCCAGCCAUGCGGAAGCACAGGCGGCCAUCAACACUCUGCACGGCGGGCAAACCAUGCCGGGGGCCUCGUCCAGCCUGGUGGUGAAGUUUGCGGAUACAGACAAGGAGCGGACCCUGCGAAGAAUGCACCAGAUGGCCGGUCAGCUUGGGAUCUUUAGCCCCAUGACCAUCCAGUUUGGAGCCUAUGGAGCCUACACCCACACCCAAAUGAUGCAACAGCAAGCAGCACUUAUGGCCGCCACCCAGGGCUCCUACCUUAACCCCAUGGCAGCCAUUGCAGCUGCACAGAUGCAGCAAAUGGCAACUUUCAAUGUCAACGGUCUAGUGGCGGCUCCGAUGACACCCUCCUCAGGCACGAGUACACCCCCGGGUAUCAGUGCCACUGCUGUGCCUAGCAUAGCCACACCAAUUGGGGUGAAUGGAUUCAGUGCCCUCCCACCCCAAAGCAAUGGUCAGCCGGCCUCUGAACCUAUCUACACAAAUGGAAUUCACCCCUACCCAGCACAAAGUCCCACAGUGGCUGACCCUCUCCAGCAGGCUUAUGCUGGUGUGCAGCAUUACGCAGCAGCCUACCCCGCCGCCUAUGCGCCAAUCAGCCAAGUGUUUCCACAGCAACCAGCCAUUAUUCCCCAGCAACAGAGAGAAGGACCAGAAGGCUGCAACCUGUUUAUUUACCACCUACCACAGGAGUUUGGAGACACUGAGCUCAUGCAAAUGUUUCUGCCUUUUGGCAACGUCAUCUCUGCCAAAGUCUUUGUGGAUCGGGCAACCAAUCAGAGCAAAUGUUUUGGCUUUGUCAGCUUUGACAACCCAUCUAGUGCCCAGGCUGCUAUCCAGGCCAUGAAUGGCUUUCAGAUAGGCAUGAAGAGGCUGAAGGUACAACUCAAGCGGCCAAAGGAUGCCAACAGACCUUACUGACCCCUCUGUCAUCUUCAGCAGGAUGAAGGGCCACGAAAUCUUAUUUCCACAAGUGCAGUAUAAGUACAAAGACUUCUUGCUCUGCUACAUAUCAUGAAAGAAGAACGGUCCCUUGAUUACUCGGGAAUGUAACUGAAAGAUUUGGUGACCGAGGAAAGGAACCAGGAGAUCUUUUUCUCUCAACUUUUUUUUACACCAUCUGUUUUUGCUUUUCUUUGGCAUUAAUGGAGGAGUAUUUUGCUGAUACCAUGUUUUUGCUGCUGUUGGGAAAAUAGAAAGCAUUUAUGGAUGCAUUAUGCUCAAAGCAUGCAUGCCAACACAGGUAUACAAGAACACACUCACACACACACACACGCACACAUUCAAAGACAUACAGUACACACGGAAACACACACACCAGCCUGCUGGCUUUUUGUUUUUGUGCCUACACAAGUGUUUUGAGAUCCUUGGGUGCAGGGUUGACCAUGUAAUCUUUGAAGGAAAUGGACAAUGAAGAGAAUCAAGGAUUAUCUACACACAUCAUUCCUUAGA